AUGAAAAUUAUUGGACUCCCUGGAUCACAAGGGAUAGGAUUGCCAUUAGCAGGGGAAAGUGAAAAUGUAAGAGCUGAUUAUCUAAGGAGAUGGUUAAAGAUAGAAAUUGUGAGCAUCCUUAUAAUCUUGGAUAACGUUAAUGAUAAAUUAGACUUGAAUAGGUUAGGGAUUCCGGUUGAUGAUGAUUAUGGCUUAAGAAAUAAAAAUAAGUUAAGCAUAAGGUCAAGUAACCCAAGUCAUAAGCAAAGUCAUGAUUCCAUAUUUGGUCCUCCUAAUAAGCAAAAUCAUGACCAGACACAGGAUACAAUCAACAACAUAGGAGAUACUGCUGAAAAAGUGCUAAAAAAAGCAAAUUUUCUUAGUAAUUAUAAGGGAUGCAAAGUUUUGCUUUCUUCACGUGAUAAGAAACUAUUUCCUGAUGAGGUUGAUGUUGAGUCGAUUUUUUGUUUAAAGGAAUUAGAUGACAAUGAUUCCUUGAGGUUGUUUGAAAAGGAGGCUGGUGGAGGUAAUAAAAUGUCUAUGCCUAAAGAAGAAAUAAAAAACUACUGUACAGGGAUACCGAUGACAAUAAUUAGAUUUGCAAAGAGAUUUAAAAGCUGGAUUGAGUCAGAAAGCGAACCUACGCUAGACAAAUUUAAGGUGGAAUGGGAAAAGUCUACAGAGAUUACUAACGAGGUAAAAUAUGAUUUUCCAAAAAACGAGGAGCUCAAGUUCAUUUACUUGCUUUGUGCUCAAAUGGGUCCUCUACCCCUAAUUAUGGACUUGGUGAAAUAUUGUUUUGGAUUGGGUAUAUUUGAAGGAGUCUCAUUGCUUAGUGAAGCUCGACAUAAAAUAAAUAAAUCAAUCCACGACUUAAAAGACUUGGGUUUGGUGUCGUACAAAAGCCCUAAUACUCAUUUCAUGAUGUCUCAUAUUAUUCGAGGUGAUGCUUUAAGUAAUGCACACAAGGAUCACAAUAUUUUUGCUUUGAGAGAUGGCAAACUAGAUGAUUGGCCCGAGCUUGAAAAGUGCACUUCAAUUUCUAUAUGCAAUAGUGAUAUUAUUGAUGGGCUUCCUCGAUUCAUCAAUUGUCCUCAACUUAAAUUUUUGCAAAUAGAUACUAGUGAUCCAUCUUUGGAAAUACCUGAGAGUUUCUUUAGAAGAAUGAAAAAUUUGAAAGUUUUAUUGUUGACUGGUUUUCAUCUAUCAAGCUUACCAUAUUCAAUUGAAUGUCUAUCGAACCUCAGAAUGUGUUCUUUGGAGCGGUGCACUUUAGAUUGCAAUUUAUCUUUAUUAGGAAAGUUAAAAAAAUUAAGGAUUCUUAGUUUCUCUGGAUCUCAACUUCAAAAUUUGCCAGUUGAGUUAAGAUACCUGGAUAAGUUACAACUAUUAGACACCAGUGAUUGUUUCGAGUUGAAGAUUAUUCCACCUAAUCUUUUAUCAAGUUUGACCUGUUUGGAAGAGUUGUACAUAAGCAAAAGCUUGAUCAAAAUGUUCAUUGAAACAAAUACAAAUAAAGAUCAAAAUUCAUUUCUUUUUGAACUAACAAAUUUGCAUAAGUUGAAAGUGGUAAACUUAAGCAUCCCGUGUCUUUCAAGUUUUCCUAAUCAAUUGUUCUUUGACAAGUUAAAAUAUUACAAGAUUGAGAUUGGAGAUUUUGAAAUGAUUUCUGUUGGAGAAUUUAGGAUGCCCAAUAAGUAUAAAGAACUCAAAGUAUUGGCAUUACAACUGAAGGACGACACUGAUAUUCACUCCCAUAAAGGCAUAAAAUUGUUGUUUAAAACAACACAAACUUUGUUGUUGGGAAAGGUAGGUGUUCAAAAUGUUGUUAAUGAGUUGAACAUAGAUGGGUUUCAGGAUUUGAAACACUUAUCCAUCAUAAAUAAUAAUGACGUCAAAUAUGUCAACUCAACGUAUUUGUCUAAUUGUGUGAACAUUUUUCCCAACUUGGAAUCUCUAUGCCUCUGCAAUAUGAUGAACUUAAAGAUGAUAUGUGAUGGUCCAAUUACACUUGAAUCAUUUGCUAAAUUAAAAACCAUCAAGGUUGAGAUGUGUUACCAACUGGGAAAUCUCUUCUCCAUCUAUGCAACUAAAAUUUCUACUAGCACAAGAACAAGUGAGAUUUUUGAACGUAAUUCUUCCAUGAAGAAAUUUCUAGCUAGUUUAGAAAAGAUUGAGGUUUGUGAAUGCAAAUCUUUGAAGGAGAUCUUUCAAAUACCAAUGGAUUGUGAUAAGGUUGAGUUUCUCAAAUUACGCACUUUGACACUCCAAUCAUUGCCAUUAUUUACUUGUUUUACCAAAGUCAGGAGAUCUUGCUGGUUACAUUCAGCAGAGACUCAAACUACAAAUAGGGAUCACACAAAAAUUUCUACUGACGAAGAUGACCAUAGUGACACUGUGCCUCCUCUUUUUGGUGAACUAGUUGAAGUUCCAAACUUAGAGAACAUGAAUUUGUUCUCACUCAACAUCUAUAAGAUAUGGAGUGACCAACACUUGUCAAGUUUCUACUUUCAAAACUUGAUAAGGUUAGUUGUGAAAGAUUGUGAUAAAUUGACACAUCUAUGUUCAUUACCUAUGGCUAGCAGUUUGAAGAAGUUGAAAAGCCUCAUCAUAAGUGGAUGUUUUGUUAUGGAAAAUAUUUUUGAGAUUGAAGGAAUUAGUGCAGACAAG